AUAUACGUUAGUUGUGGGAAACAGAGAGGAGAGGCUUCCGCAGCUUGCUCUACUUGAGCGAUGGCCAAGGAGCAACGAGAGGAGGAGGUCUGCCUCCCUUCCGACUUCCUUUGCGACGAUCAUUUCCUCGAGGAGAAGAGAAGGCGAGACGAUCGCUUCCUGGAGGAGUUCGCCAUGAAUCUCGACUGGCCGGCGGAGGACGAAUGCCUCUGCAUGACCGGGCUAGCUUGGCAGACGCCUGGCUCCUUCCUCGGCGACACUAAAUAUUGUGACGGGAGGUAUGGAUUCACGGCCGGUUCCCAUGGAACCGCUCUCCGCGGUCGGUUCAUCUCGGAGAAGAAGGGAAGCCUCGACGCUCCUUCGUUAGUUGCCCUGCCGCCUGCGCUGUCUUUCUCAAAUCAUUGCGAGACCGCCAAAAGCGGCCACUGCACGUCCCCCGUCCCCAUCCACUUGCAGCGCUUUCAGGCAACUCAGCUGAAGCAGCAGCAGCAGCUGAUGAGACAACGGUUGUUCGCAGCGUGGGCAAGGCAGAGUGAAGCAAAAGGAGGCGUGCAUUCCCACAACCGUGGCCGUCCCACGGGACUGUCUUCUUCCGCACGCCGUCCUCUCCAAAUGCAGCAGCAGCAACAGCAGCCUGGAUCUGGGAUGAGAGCUGUCUUCCUCAGCAGCCCCAGCGCGAGGAGAGAAUCCGCCGGAACCGGCGUCUUCCUGCCACGCGUCGGCGGCGACACGUCCGAGCCGCCAAAGAAACCAGCAGCUUACUCCACUGUGCUUGUGCCGGAAAGAGUGGUCCAGGCGCUGAAUCUAAAUCUGGAGGAGAUGGGAGGGAAGCCAUACUUGGUCCUCGAUCAUGAUGCUCUCAUAAGCCGACGAGACGCAGUGCUUUCACAUCAGAAAAGGAACCACCGGCUUCCCCACCCAACUCCUCCUGCGAUCCGUGAGAUCAGACUCCCCCAUGACUGGACCUACUGAUACAUGCUCUAUACAUCACAACAGCAGCUGCAAUAAGGUUGGCAGCUCUAUUGAUUCUUAUUGUGUUGGCAGCCCAAUUGGUUGCACUCUCUAUAGCAGUGGACAAAUUUGUAUUACCAUCAUGUCUUGAAUUGUAUGUGAGAUACAUACAAACAAACAAAUGUUGCAGAAUCCAUGUUCAGAAGAAGAACUUGUGUGUAGUGCUUGUCAAAAGCAUAUUACUAUGGGGGCUCUUUAUCUGAUGUGAGCAGCUCAACAAUUGUUGUA